CCAUGUUUGUUCGUCUGGUGGAGGCGGCCAUUGUAGUCAUUGCCUGGGUUAAAGCUGGUUCCCGGCUCCCUAUGCGCGUCGUCAACUUGCGCCAAGCCAGGGAUCAAGGCUGCAUGGUAUGCCGUGGGAAUAUUAAACCUAAACAUGGCGGAGUUUCGUCUCAAGCUUGUUGUUGCUGCAUGUAAGAACGGCGGUAUCGGCAAAGAUGGGCAGCUACCAUGGAAGCUUAAGAAAGAUAUGGCAUUUUUCAAGUCGAUUACAUCAAGCUCAACUCAAAACAAAACAAACGUGGUGAUAAUGGGUCGCAAGACCUGGGAUUCAAUUCCCGCCAAAUUUCGCCCUUUGAAAAAUCGCAUCAACAUUGUAUUGAGCAGGACCAUGGACACAUCUCCAGAAGGCGUGGUUCUGUCGAGGAGUCUGGAGGAAGCUCUUGAGUAUACCGAGAGACAAGGGAAGGACAAGAUAGACUCUGUGUUUGUGAUCGGUGGCAGUUCCGUGUAUAAAGAAGCAAUUGAAGGCCCGUGGAGCACUCGGGUGUAUCUUACCCGAGUGAUGGCGGAGUUUGAGUGUGAUACGUUCAUGCCUUCUCUAGAUGAGUUGCAUUUCAAGAAGACUGAGUGUGUUGAAGACGUACCUACAGGCGUACACUCAGAUAACGGAACAGAGUUUGUGUUUGAAGUUUACGACAAAAUUGUAUAGACAGUGAGUGUCUUGAUCAUGCGGUGAAUGCGCUCGUUAAAUGACCAUGAAAUAUUAUUUUCUUCAAUGCGAAUGUCUAUAUUGUAUGGGAUAUUUACUCAUUACAAGUGAAGCACACUUGAUACUUAUAAAAAACACACACAAAAAAACAACAACUUGAUGUUUAUUAUUUUUAAUGGAAAUGACACAAAUGACAAACAGACUGGACUGCUAUAUCUCAGCUUAUAACUUGACUGUUACUAUGUAACACUGCGAAAUAAAUGUUGCUGUUGAUGUAAA